GAAUAGGAGGGGCUCAGGCUUCGGCCGCUGAUGUCACGUGUUGAUGUCACACACAGUCGCUGCCUACGUGCCCGGCAGGUGUAUCGGGAAAAAAGAGAGGCGGGUGGGAGGGAGUGAUGAGCUCAUGCGCCUCUCUUAUCUCUCCCUUAUAAACCCGCCGCUGCCUCCAGCUCAGCACUAGCUCCUCUGCUCGUCCUACACGAGACACCUGCGGAACUGCUGCUGAAUUCCUCGCCGCGUCUCUCAUAGGAAAUCAAACUUCCGUCUCACCUGAGAACGACCCCACAUUUCUGUCUUCAGGGGAUUCCCAGGCACCUCCUGUGUAUGAGCCCCCAGCUCUGCUCCGCGACCCACAAGGGCCCCACCUGCUCUACUAACAACACUCCUUUUUUUAUAUUUGGUGGGUGUCGAUUUUUUUUCUUUAAUCCUGGGUCCCCUCAUCUGAUGUCACAAUCUAAACUGUGAUCUUGUACAGGGGCCCAGUGUAAUAGUGACACCCCUGACCCUAUAUAUAACAUUGACUUUUCCUCUGUACAUAGGGUUGUCACCUUUUCUGGAAAAAAAAUACCGGCCUUCCUAUAUAUUUAUCUUUUUUCCAAUUAAUAACAUUGGGAUCAGCCAUCAUUUUGGGAACCCUGUCCGGCCAUGGGCCGCUACACAGGCAAGACGUGCCGACUGAUUUUCAUGCUGGUCCUGACCGUGAUCUUCUUUGUGGCCGAGAUCGUGUCCGGUUACCUUGGCAACUCCAUCGCCCUGAUCUCGGACUCGUUCAACAUGCUGUCCGACCUCAUCUCCCUGUGUGUGGGCAUCACGGCCUCUCGGGUUUCCCGGCGCAAGAGCCGGGGCCCCAGGGCCACUUACGGUUAUCCCAGAGCUGAGGUGGUGGGCGCCCUGUGCAACGCCGUCUUCCUCACCGCCUUGUGCUUCACUAUCCUGGUGGAUUCGGUGCUGAGACUGGCCCAACCCCAGAGGAUCGAUAAUGUCACACUGGUCCUGAUUGUGGGGGCCCUGGGGCUACUAGUGAACAUUGUGGGCCUGUUGGUCUUCCAAGACUAUAGCGCUUGUGUGCGAUUCUUCUGCAGGCGCAAGAGUGAGCUAGAACGUGCCAGCUCUUCCGACCACCAGCUUAAUGUCGCCCCCUACAGAACUGACGGACAGGGAGGACUAGAGGACAACCAAGCAGGUGAUGCUAUGAGCCCCCCACAGGCGGAUGCAGAGAAUGAAGAAAAGAAGCAGGAGGGGAACAAAGCGUCGACGCUGAAUAUUAGAGGUGUUAUGCUCCAUGUGAUGGGCGAUGCCUUGGGCUCAGUGGUGGUGGUGGUAACUGCCGUCAUUUUUUACGUGCGCCCCUUGGAUAAGGACGCCCCCUGUAACUGGCAGUGCUAUAUAGACCCCAGCCUGACCGUGGUGAUGGUCGGCAUCAUCCUCUUCUCUGCCUUCCCUCUCAUCAAAGAGACUGCCAACAUCUUGCUUCAGAUGGUCCCUGAAGGAGUCCAAGUGGGAGAGAUUGGUCAAAAACUAUCCUCAGUUCCUGGGGUUAAAAGCAUCCAUGAGAUCCAUAUCUGGGAACUCGCCAGCGGCAAGAACAUCGCCACCCUCCAUGUCAAAUUCCAGGACUUCACCAAUCACACCACCGCCAGCCAAGACAUACGAAAAAUCUUCCACGAGGAGGGGAUCCAUGCCGUGACCAUCCAGGCCGAGUUUCCAGACGAGAAGGACCUGACGCUGGUGUGCAGUGCUCCGUGCAUCUCCGAAAAAUGCGACGCCCAUCUCUGCUGCAGCCGCGAACUGGUCCCGUACUCCGAGAUUGACGGCAAGACCCUGAAAAAGGGCAAAUCCUCCCAAGUUUGGUACAGGAGUAAUGACUUGGUGCUCAAUGUCGAGGCUCGGGUUUCUGCAGAACCUUUGUGGGAAGAAGAGGCUGGACUGAAAAUGAAGGAAGCGAUGCAGAACGGCUUCACUAUAGAGGAGGAAUCCCUAAAGGCCACUCAUUUAUAACAAUAGUCUUAUAUUAAGCAGUAUGGACCCAUAAGAACUCAUUCAAGCUAUAUACUAUGUAUCUGGACAUCACAUGACUUGAAGCCAGGACACGGUAUCGGCAAAUAUAUGUCUUUUUGUAGGUGUGUGUUGAAUGUAAGGUGAAAGGUUAAUGGACCAGAUAAACCUGUCAGACAGGCUUUAUGGGGCCAGAUAAACAAGCUGUGUAUUGGGGCCCCAGGGACAGCAGGAAUUAAUUAGUCAUGUAUAAUGGUUACUGACACCUUCAUGGAAUAGCGUCGUGUUUCUCUGCAUGACAUGGGAAAACGGGCAUUACAUUCAGGACCCCCAAGGCUCGUUGGUUGUGCAGGGCUACAAGGAACUGUAACACCAAAAAAGGAAGUAUUUUAAAGAAAUGACAAUAUGGGCAGAGACGCGCUGCGAUUCGGGGAUAUUAGUCGCCCGGCGUCAAAUCUCCUCUUCUUCGGGGCGACUAAU